AUGAGGCUCUCCCACCUACUAACGCUCGUGCUGCAAUGUCAGCUGAUAUAUGUCUCGGCCCUCAUCACCCUCGAAUCAAUCAGAGAUCUUACCCGCCUGACGGACGAUAUGAGAGCCAGGAUCGAGGGAUCGGGAAAAGUUUCUAUUGUCCCGGGGCAAAGGGUAUUAGGAGGAGGAGAGGAUGGAGAUGAGAUUGAGGAUGUCGUGGCUGCGGCGCUUAAAGUGCUUUGUUCGGAAUUAUUGAGGGAGUUGGAGAAGCCUCUUAUUGAGCCGCUGAAUGCGGAGGUGCUUGUUGAUGUGGGAGAGCAGGAUUUGAGGUGUAGGGUUAUUAGGAGGGGGUAUCAUGGGUUUUUGGAGGCGACGGUUAAGUUUCUGCAUGAGGUGCAGGAGAGGGAGUUGAGGUGGCAGUGGGAUCAUGAGAGCAUGGUUUUUGAGGGGGUGGGCUGGUUGCAGGGGCUUUGGGCUAGUCGGAAGACGAAUAUCCAGGACAGAAGCUUCAUCGAGCAACAGAUGAUGCUGUAUAGUGAAACAGGAUGCUUUGGGAAGAGCCAGGAAGUACUGAGGAGUGGAGUCGAGGUCGUCGAGUACCUGAAUGACUUGUUGGACUCUUUUCCUUGA